AUGGAGCCAUUCCGUGUGCGUCUCAACUGUAUCGAUCAUUACCAGGCGACCGCGUCGGAGUUGGAUCCUCCACUACCUUUUCGUGAUGAAGCCUCGGAGACAGAUUUUCAGCCCAAGGUGCCUGUGAUUCGAAUAUUUGGAGCCACCGAGACAGGCCAGAGAGUUUGCGUACAUGUCCAUGGCGCAUUUCCAUACCUUUACAUCGAAUACACCGGGUCUUUGGCGCCAGAAGAUGUAAACUCCGCAAUCCGAUCUAUCCAUCUUUCAAUCGAUCAUGCUCUGGCGGUCAGCUUUCGCCGAAAUGCAUAUGACCGGAGGACAGCGUUUGUGGCGCACAUCACCUUGGUGAAAGGAGUCCCGUUCUACGGAUACCAUGUGGGAUGGCGGUUUUUCUUCAAAAUUUAUCUCUUAAACCCCUUCCAUACAAAUCGCCUGGUCGAUCUUCUGCACCAGGGAGCUGUUAUGAAACGUUCACUUCAGCCCUACGAGGCACAUAUGCAAUACAUCCCGCAAUGGAUGUGCGACUACAACUUGUACGGAUGUGCAACCAUGAACUGUAGCCAAGUCAAGUUCCGAGCUCCAGUACCCGAGUAUCUCGAGCUCAGCAAUCUAGCCCAUCGCUGGCACGAUCGUUCAGUUCCACCCGAGAGCAUACUCGAUCACCCUGCAUUACAGAAACAAAGCAAUUGCGCGCUGGAGGUUGAUAUUUGUGUUCAAGAUAUCCUGAACCGUCUUGAUGUAAAGGAACGGCCUUUGCACCAUGAUUUCACCGAGCUGUUGAAACCUGUCGCGGUUAGCGAGCGGCUCGUCCCUAGCAUGGCUGGACUAUGGCAGGACGAAACUCGCAGACGCAAGAAGAGAAUGGGUAUCACUGACCCCGGAAGCACUCCGUUUGGACCCGAGGAAUUGGUUUCAAUGUCUGCAGAUCCACGAAAUCAGUCGAGAGCUGGCUGGAUACACGAGGAAGAAUUCCGUGAGAUGGCGUCUGAGCUUGAGGCUAACGAGAAACGCGAUGAUGACAACAAAGACACGACAUUCGGGACAUUCUUGAAUAUCGACGCCCAAGCCAAAAAUGUGAAGACUGCGUUGGAUAGUGUUGAGGACUUCUUUCCUGAUAAAAUCAGUACUUUGACCUUUGAUACCAGCCGUUCUCAGGACCCAGCCGAGCAAAAGGUGCCGGAAAUUUCGGUUGAUGAGAGUCUAGCUCUAUCAUCUCAACCUGACGGACGGUAUUACUCGGAUUCUGAUCAAGAAGGGUCCUCAUUGGAAGGGAGAACGAAACAGGAGACUGAAAUGAAAGAAGACACGCUGAAGGAGAGCUUUUACGAUGAGGUCUUUGACGAAAUACGCUUCUCAGAUUUGGUUGCACCCGAAGAGCCUGCUGAGACUGACAACACAGAAACAACUAUGGAUGGUGUCUACAAGGAAGGAGAUUGUGUAGCCCAAGAAAGACGGCCCAGGAAUCAGAGUCAAAGCAGCAGUGUAACACCCAAAAGACAACACUUUGAAACCCUCGAUUGCCAUUAUUCGUCUACCAAAAGAGCUAGACACAUGACCAAACACGGCUUGCCUGGCGGGCCAUUGGAAUCACCCAGUACGCGGAAGCACCAGCAAGACGACAAACACAAAAGUGUCUCCUUUGAUAGCAAUUUGGAUUCUUACGCGGAAACGCCGUCAUCGGAACCAAAAUCAUCUUCCUCGCAGAGAACACCCCGUCCAAAGGCGCAUAGUUAUACUAGCGGCCUGAAAUUCCCGGUGGUCAAGGAUCCCAAUGAUCCUUCGACCAUUUUGCGGUACAGCCAAGAUGAGCCAAAUUCUGCAAGAAAGGAUCCGGAGUCAUUCCAGCCUCGCUUAAGUUCUCUCCCUUCUAGAUAUGGCACGGAAUUGUCGGGCGGAAUAAGUGAAAUUCAGAGUUCUUCGGAGCUACAUUCGUCUGCAACAGUGAUGGGUCCAGUCUCUUUAGAUCCACAUCUCGCUAAGAACAUGAAAAACAUUCAGCAGUCAUUCAAUUUUACACCAAACACCUCAUUACGUUUCUUCAAAUUUGCGAGCCCAACUUCUAGCGAAGUCAGUUCAACACUAAAUGAAUAUGGGCGUCCUUCAGUUGUAUACCAGAAAGCAUUUUACAGGAACGAAAGGGAUGUGCCUGAACGGCCCAGAGACUAUGGCGGCAGAGAAUUUCGGCUAGGGAGCAACACAAUUCACUAUCUACCAAAUUUCGACCCAACGGCAGAGGCACCUGCAAUGUUUGGUGAGCAAAUACCAACAGCACACGACCGAGAUCAGCAAGAAAAGGUUGAUCGGCAACUCCGAGAAAAGUGUACCGCCAGGGUCUGGGAGUUUGCUCCUGUCCCGCCAAGCAGGUCGGAAGUCAUACAGUGGUUUGAAGAGUUAGAAGCCUCUAAAGACUUCAAACUAAGCGCAGCCCAAGCCACACCUACUAAGAUGAAAUCCGUCUUUCUCUCGCAGAUUGAGGGCCCAACACAGAAGAACACACAUGGCUUCAAAUACUCACAGCAUGCAGUGUCCACUAGCGUGGAACACCAAGCUCAGCACAUGAGCACAAUGAGCUUAGAAGUGCAUGUAAACACGCGCGGAACACUCAUGGCCAACCCCGAGGAGGACGAAAUCACUUGCAUGUUCUGGUGUAUCCAAUCCGAAGACGAGGAUUUUGAGGUCAAUAGUCAUCUCCCGGGAGUCCAUGUUGGGAUGGUUUACCAUGGCGAAGGCGAGAGGCCGGAAGCCAAAAUAUCAAAGGCAUUAACAAUUGACGUCGAGUGUGAGCCCACGGAACUGGACCUGAUAACCCGACUCAUAGAUAUUGUCCGUUACUACGAUCCGGACAUAAUCGCCGGCUACGAGGUCCACAACGCUUCAUGGGGAUAUGUGAUUGAGCGAGCGCGCAAGAAGUAUGACUUUGACAUAUGUGAGGAGCUCUCGAGGACAAAAUCGCAGUCCAAUGGACGAUUUGGGAAAGAGGCAGAUCAGUGGGGUUUCAACCACUCCUCGUCCAUUCGUAUCACUGGGCGACACAUAUUUAACAUCUGGCGCGCCAUGAAAAGCGAGCUCAACCUGCUACAGUACACGAUGGAGAACGUUGUCUUUCAUGUCUUGCAUCGCCGAAUCCCUCACUAUUCCCCCAAAGACUUGACGCGAUGGCACCAAAGUGGCAAGCCUCGCAAUCUCUUCAAAGUAGUGGAAUAUUUCACCUCUCGUGUGCAAAUGAAUUUGGAAAUUAUCGAGGCAAAUGAAUUGACAACAAGGAUAAGCGAGCAAGCGAGAUUGCUGGGAAUUGAUUUCGCCUCUGUGAUUUCCCGGGGAUCCCAGUUCAAAGUCGAGUCUCUGAUGUUCCGAAUAGCGAAGCCAGAGAACUUCCUCCUCGUCUCACCAAGCAAAAAGCAGGUCGGACAACAGAACGCAUUAGAAUGCUUGCCCCUGGUCAUGGAACCACAAAGUGACUUCUACACUAGCCCACUUCUGGUACUUGAUUUCCAGUCACUGUACCCGAGUGUCAUGAUCGCGUACAACUACUGCUACUCAACCUUCCUUGGCAGAGCAAUGCACUGGCGUGGGCGAGAUAAGAUGGGGUUCCUAGAUUACAAGCGACAGCCCAGGCUGCUCGAGUUACUGAAGAACAAUAUCAACAUCGCACCAAAUGGUAUGAUGUAUGCGAAUCAAGAAGCGCGUCAGUCGCUGCUGGCCAAGAUGCUUUCUGAGAUUCUUGAAACCCGCGUGAUGGUCAAAAACGGCAUGAAGGCAGACAAAGACGACAAGGUCUUGCAGCGGCUUCUGAACAACAGACAGCUGGCGCUUAAGCUGAUUGCAAACGUCACAUACGGCUACACAUCUGCCUCAUUCUCCGGACGAAUGCCCUGUUCCGAGAUCGCCGAUAGCAUCGUACAGACCGGACGAGAAACCCUCGAAAAAGCCAUCGCCUUCAUCCACUCAAUCGAACGCUGGGGCGCGGAAGUCGUCUACGGCGACACCGAUAGUCUAUUCAUCUACCUCAAAGGCCGCACACGCGACCAAGCCUUCGACAUCGGCGAAGAAAUCGCUGAAGCAGUAACAGACCUGAACCCACGCCCGAUCAAACUAAAAUUCGAAAAAGUCUAUCACCCGUGCAUCCUGCUCGCGAAGAAACGCUACGUAGGCUUCAAAUACGAGCACCGGGCGCAAAAAGAGCCCGAAUUCGACGCAAAGGGCAUCGAAACCGUCCGACGCGACGGCACACCUGCCGAACAAAAAAUCGAAGAAAAAGCCCUAAAAAUGCUCUUCCGCACCGCAGACCUCUCCCAGGUAAAAUCCUACUUUCAGCGCCAAUGCACAAAGAUCAUGCAAGGCCGCGUCUCCAUCCAAGACUUCUGCUUCGCCCGCGAAGUCCGACUGGGGACGUACUCCGAGCGCAGCCUGCCUGCCGGCGCGAUGAUCAGCACAAAGCGCAUGAUGGAGGAUCCGCGUUCCGAGCCGCAGACCGGCGAGCGCGUCCCGUACGUGGUUGUCACCGGUGCGCCUGGCGCGAGACUUAUUGACCGCUGUGUUGCGCCGCAGAAGCUUCUGCAUGACGCGCAUCUCGAGAUCGAUGCGGAGUACUAUAUCACGAAGAACAUUAUUCCGCCGCUGGAGAGGAUUUUCAAUCUUGUGGGUGCAAAUGUUCGGCAGUGGUAUGAUGAGAUGCCGAAGGUGCAGCGUAUUCGGCGCAUUGAAGGAUCGACGCUCUCGAAUUCUGCUGGGGUUAACAUGAAGACUCUUGAGUCUUAUAUGCGCUCGUCUUCGUGUGUUAUUUGUCGGUCGAGAUUGUCUAAUGCUACUAUUCCGGUGUGUGAGAACUGUCUGCAGAAGCCGCAUCUUACAAUGCUUAAUGUUGUUUCGCGGCUGCGAAAGGCGGAAAAGAGAGUCGUUGGUCUGGAAGCUAUUUGUCGCUCUUGUAUGGGCGUUUCUCCUGGUGAUGAGGUUAGUUGUGAUAGCUUGGAUUGCCCUGUCUUCUACUCGAGGACCAGAGAUGCUGCUAAUUGGAGACACACCAAGGCUGUGUUGGAGCCUGUCGUUGAAUUGUUGGAACAGAAGGCGGAUGAGGGAUUGGAUUGGUAG